UCACGCAAAGCUGCUUCUUAUACAAAAGAAAAGACUUCUUCUUACACGCGAGGACCAGAUCGUCGAUCUGUACCUGUAAGAUGCCACCUUUGCUAGCACCGGCCAGCCGGUCACCAUGGGCAUCGCUGCCAGAAGAUCUGGUUCGCCUUGUUAGCUGGCGCUUGCUGGCCGGCGACCUGACGGACUAUGUUCGCUUGCGUGCUGUUUGCACCAAUUGGCGGUCUGCCACCAUGUCUCCGUGUGGCCGCGGCGUCAUUGAUCCACGCUUUCACCCGCGCCGCUGGAUGAUGUUCGCUGAGGGCCACGGGCUUUAUCCUGGCCAUGAAAGGCUCUGUGAACACACACGCUUCCUCAACCUUGACUCUGGGUUUUUUGUUCGCGUCCGGCUCCCGCUGUUCAAGGAUCACUGUGUUCUUGACUCGGUCGAGGGCCUCCUGCUCCUCCAGCGAGACGAGGACACCGCCAUCCGCCUCCACCACCCUUUCACCGGUGAUAUUGUCGAGCUCCCACCACUAGCGUCUCAUAACUUGCACAUGAGUCAUCCAUAUGCGAACCUGCCACAGCUGAGACCCAUAUCCGCUUCUGUUUCUAUUGAUGCCGGAGUCGUGAGGGUGAUGGUUAUCUUCAUUCACCUGAUGUAUGCGGCUGUUGCCACCUCCCAGGAUACUAAAUGGACUUAUCUAAUGCAUUGGAGACUUCCAAGUCAUUAUGGACCGUUGUCGUUCCGAGGCGAGCAAUACCUGGUGCAUGAAACUAUGAAUAUAGAAAAUACUUAUUUAUCACAGAUUUUUCAGCUGGAGGCACACUCGCAGGAUCCACCGAAGUUGAUUGUUACGUUUCCAAGGGAGAAACUAUGCUACCCUGUCUAUUUAGUAGAAUGCGACACGGAGAUCUUGGUGGUCGGGCACAACGACAUUUCGUUGACACACCUCGCAGUUUACAAGCUUGCAGAUGUUGUUUUAGAUAGGUUUAUCCCGGUAAAAAGCAUCGGAGACAAAGCCAUCUUCGUGGGAGGGCGCAAUUUGUGUGUCUCCUCUAAGGCACUGCCUACCAUUGUAGGCGAUACUAUUGUCUAUCGCCAUCCACGAGAGCAACAUUUUAUGCAAUACUGCCUCAAUACUAGCAGUUGGUCUCUAGCAACCGAUGAAUGCAGCACCAUGUAGCCUUAUUCUCCAUGUCUUUACAUGUUGCUCACGUGAUCAUUGGUAUGCAUUACCUACUUAAUGCCUGAUAAUAAUGUACGUACUUUUCUAACCAAUUUAACUUGUCGGAACAAGGGGCAAAUGUGCUAUCUGGAUAAACUAUCACUCACAUGGAAGGUGAAAGAAAAUUUCUGAGACGGGGCCUAAUUGCUGCUGCAUCCAGAAAGUUGGAGAUUUCUCUCGCCUGCAUCCUUGCCACCACACGAAAUGGAGCGGAAAAAUAUGGGCAUACGUUGUCGUCAUUUCCUUCUUGUGAGACGUGGAGUGUUACUACCAUAUCAGUUCUGCACUUUGUAAAGAUUUGACAAGAAUACUUCAUUA